CAAAACCUUUCACGUUUUCAGUCUUCCCGUCAUUCUUGUUGUUGUUGAUGAUUGAGGAGGGGCUUGGACUUUGAACUGUGUGAUAUGAAAAACAGAAAAAGAAAGAAAAAUAAUUAAUAUAUUUUCAGACAACCUUUCUAGAUUUGAAUUACGGUUCCGAAACAAGAAGAACAAGUUCUGAAAACACCUACAAAAAUAGAAAAUUAAGGAAAGAAAAUUAAACGCUUUUUUUCGCUCUCACACUCUGUCUUUCUUUCUUUCUCUCUUCUCUUUGUCAAAAAAAAAGAAACUGGGGACCUGGUGUGUGGUUGAUGAAAUCUCUCAUUUCAUGUUCAAUGUAGUCUAGGUUUUCCAUCUAGGGCAUCGAAAUUUAUAUCAAUUCAUGAUGCUCUGUUGUCCAUUACUACGAAAUCGGAUUCAAACAUGGCUGCGGGAUUACGAUCAGCUUCAAUCGUCUGCUGUAAUACUCAUAUACAUUCAAAUCGGUUGUGCUUUGGUUGGAUCUCUUGGGGCAUUGUUUAACGGUGUAUUGCUUAUUAAUUUGGCUAUAGCGUUAUUUGCACUUGUUGCGAUUGAGAGUAGUAGUCAGAGGCUUGGUCGUACUUAUGCUGUUCUUCUUUUCUGUGCAAUAAUUGUGGAUAUCUCCUGGUUCAUUCUUUUCUCUCAUCAAAUUUGGAACAUUUCUUCUGAGAAGUACAGUCCGUAUCUUAUAUUUUCCUUAAGGCUUGCUUUCUUGAUGCAAAUUCUUGGCUCUUCAAUAAGAUUGGCAUCUUCAUUAUUAUGGAUUCAGAUAUAUAGGUUGGGGGUUUCUUAUGUGGAUACGACGGCCUCUCGAGAUGCAGAUUUUGAUAUAAGAGAGAGUUUCUUGAAUCCUAUAGCUCCUGGAGUAGUGAGUCAGAACUCUGAUUCUGAAAUUAUAGGAGGUUCCAUCUAUGACCCGACAUACUAUUCAUCCCUUUUUGGAGAUACAUCUCAAGAUGAUGGUUUCGAAUAUGGGGGAAACUCACAUGCUGCUGUCAAUGUUAGUGGGUCUACCCCUAAUGCUGAAACGCCCCAGCUGAAGUCCUGCUUUAGCAGAUCUUUUCAAGUAGCCAAUGUAGGAGUGCUGAGAAAAAUAAGAAAAGAGAAGGCAAUGAUCUCCACCGGAUCUUCAGUUUGUGUGGUGAUUGUGCGUCUGACAUCCACUGCAAAAUCUUCACUCGCUUUUCUCAAUUAUUCUGAGAUUUAAAUUGGGGGUGUCAGGCCAAGUUAGGCCAGACCAAGGUAGUAAUGUACAGAAGCGGGGUUUGUACAGUUAGCCAAAUUUUAGCCAUUCUUUUUCCACAAUCAUAUGGGGUAUUCAUACCAUUUGCAAAUGGGCAAGAGAAACUGUUGCCAACAUUAGUCCUGUUUUGUAUUAAAAAAUCAAUUAUCCUAAAAAUGAUCAUUCUUUUUUGUACUCCUGAUGAUGGUAGUUGUCACAUGCCCAUUUAACA